AUGGAGAACACAACGAUGAAUCCUUUUUUCGAUGAAGAUAAAGAUAAAGCGCUGCUACAAAAGAUUCAGCAAUUGGAAUUAGCUUAUGCUCACUUGAAGCAAGAAAUUUCUAACCUCAUUGCCCGAAAAAACAUCGCUUCAAAUUCUUCGACGAAGCAGACAAGUCGCCGUAGUUCACCUGAGCUUUCGGACAAUCAGUGUUAUAACAUAUUGCAGUCGAUGGGGCAGGCGGUGCACGUGAUUGAUCGAAACCUCAUCAUAAUUUAUUGGGGUUGCGCCGCGGAAAAUCUUUACGGGUAUUUAGCUUCGGAGGCGCUUGGAUGUAAUGUAGUUGAGCUGCUCACAGAUUCCCAGCACUAUUCCUCUGCAAAAAACAUCUUGCGCCGUGUCGAGACCGGAGAAAAUUGGACGGGAGUGUUCCCGGCGACGCAUAAGCGAGGGGAAUCGUUGUCGAUUGUUGUAACCGAGACCCCUUUAUAUGACGAUACCGGCGCUUUAAUUGGCGUCGUAUGUGUGUCGAGCGAUUUGAACGCAUUAAAUGAAGAAAAGUGUGGUCUGUCGAGUUUUUACAUCCAUCAAAGCGAUGCUGCGACAGAAGUUGAGUGUAAUGAUUAUCUUCGUCUUUGUCAGCUGCCUCUGCAGAGGUUAGUAGCCUCCAUAGUAUCGAAAUUGGUUUCCGUUUUUAGUAAUGAUCGCGACAGGAUAGAGGAAAGAUCGAAGUUUGAACAUCAUGGUACUAAAGCCGCGGGUAGUAAUGACAACGCAUUGGGAUCUUGUUUCUCAUCGCUCGUCGACACAACGAGUAGUUAUGGUAGUUGCGGAAGUGCUGGCAGCGGCGCUGUUAAAAAUAUCGACAGCAAUGGCGAGUUCUUGGAUUACGAAAUCUUGUGGGAGGACUUGACUAUAGGCGAACAAAUCGCGCGAGGUUCUUGCGAAAUCGUGCAUCGCGCGCUUUGGCACGGGACAGAUGUGGCUGUCAAGAUGUUCUCCGACGCCGAGUCUUCAGACAAUGCUGUCCUUUCCUUUUGUCGCGAGUUGUCGCUAACGGGGAGGCUUCGCCAUCCGAAUAUUCUGCUGUUCAUGGGCGCUGUCGUUUCUCCGGAACAUCUCUGCAUCGUUACAGAGUAUCUUCCACGGGGAAGUCUGUUCCGGUUAUUACAAAGGACAUCGUCGAAACUCGACAAGAGACAGCGAGUCCACAUGGCUUUGGACAUCGCUCGAGGCAUGACCUAUCUUCAUAAUUUGAGUCCACCGAUCAUUCACAGCAAUCUGAAGUCUUCGAAUCUUCUCGUCGACAAGAACUGGACUGUCAAGGUUGGCAACUUUGGACGCUCCUGUCUUAAAAACGACUCUUAUUCGACAACAAAGAAAGGAACGCCUCAGUGGAUGGCUCCUGAAGUUCUUCGCAACGAACCUUCGGAUGAGAAGGCUGAUGUGUAUAGCUUCGGAGUGAUACUAUGGGAGCUCGUCACCCAUCGAAUUCCAUGGGAUCACCUCAACUCGAUGCAGGUGAUUGGAGUCGUCGGGUUCAUGAACCAGCACUUACAGAUACCCAAAGAUGUCGAGCCUCAAUGGCGUCACAUAAUCGAGAGCUGCUGGCAUAGUGACCCGAAAUGGCGGCCUUCGUUCCAAGAAUUAGUCGAGAAGCUGAAUGCGAUGCACCAAGAAUGUGCUACGAUUCAAGCCCAUGCCGGGUGCGCCGUCGAUGGGAAUACCAAUGGCUAGAAAUAUAUGAUCUUGCUUGCGUUAGAGAGUUUUUUAAUGGUAUCUAUAGGCGUGUUUCGGUAGAUACGCACA